AUGCAACAAGCCCCUGCGUCCGCCUGCGGCCCUUCGUGGGACCCGGGCGCGAACACUUUGGGGCGACGGCGUCAGCAGCAGCAGCAGCAGCAGCAGCAGCAGCAGCAGCAAGAGCAGCAGCAGCAGCAGCAAGAGGCAGCAGAAGCUCUGCUGCCGCUGCUGAGCCGAGACGCCAGCAGCAGCAAAGGGCUGUACUUCCGCGUUUUAAACGCCAUUUCCUACGCCGCGCGUUCUGCGGCGAUUUUCGACGCGUAUCUGCACAUGCAGUUUGGCGGCAACCGAGCGAUUGGGGCCAUGGCCUCCCUCACGGGGCUGGUGACUGUCCUCGUCGCGCCCCUCGCCGGCUGGGCCGCCGACGCCCUCAAACACCGCCGCUGCGUGGGGCUUCGCUGCGCAGCAGCUUGGGGUUUGCUUUGCGCCUGCGUGAACUACGUGGCAAUAGGGCUGGACAGUUUCAAUUUGCUGCUGCUCAGCAACGUGAUGUGGAAGGCUUGGUACGAAGGGGUCACUGUCUUCACGGAGUCUCUCUUCAACGACGCCAUUCCCCCAG